UUGAAGAAAUGGACGUUCUCCUCUCUGCAGUCCUUGGUGAGUUGAUCACUAGAUCCAUAAAUUUUAUCAUCAGCAAAUACUCCAAGCCCAUGCCACUGGAUGUGAAGGAUUGCCUGCGCAGGCUCCUGCUCCGGGCACAAGUGAUCAUCGACGAGGCCAUGGGACGGCACAUCACAAACCAACCCAUGCUCCUCCGGCUGGUUAUGCUAAGCGAUGCCAUGCACCGAGGCUACUACGUGCUCGACGCUAUCAGAUACCAACAUCAUGAUGAGGAGGAUGCCAAAGAUCAGGUUGUGAGUCGCUCUUCGUCUCUGUCUAUAGUAAAUUCUGUAAAGCACCUAUGUUUCUCCAGUAGAGCUGCUCUGCCUUUGAAAGAACUGCAAGAGACGCUUGACAAUUUGAGCUCCAUGAUUCGUGAUGUAAAUGAGCUCGUCCUGUAUUUGGCGAGCUAUCCUCGCCUGUGCAGCCAACCUUACAGCAUGCAUCUGCAGCUGGCCAACUGCAUGUUUGGGUGCCAGAUAGAAGCACAACUAGUCAUCAACUUCCUGCUGAACACACAACCUCAUGGUGCUGAAAAAUUAGAGGUCCUGCCAAUUGUUGGACCAAGAUAUGUUGGAAAGAGCACCCUUGUCGCUAAUGUGUGCAAGGAUGAAAGAGUAUUUGGCCAUUUCUCAAAUAUCUUAUUUUUCCGCAUCCAUGGUUUCACAGAUGAUGAGGUAGCUACUUUCAGAGAAGGAUGUGCAACAAAACUUCAAAAUCACAUGUCAGAUUCGAACAAAGAUGGAAGAUUGCUAGUUGUUGUUGAGUUAGAUGGGGAUGUCAGUGAAGAAGCACUGAAUAGGUUGUUUUCUGCUUCUAGACAGUAUGUGCCAAGGGGUAGUAAAAUCAUACUUACAAGCCGGUUUGACAACAUUGUAAAGUUUGGAACAACAAAGCCUUUGAAUCUGAAGCACCCUUCCCGUGAGGCGUACUGGUAUUUCUUCAAGACGCUGACAUUCGGAAGCACAGAUCCUGAGAUGCAUCCAAGGCUCACGCACCUGGCCAUGGAGAUAGCCAAGGUGCAGAGAAGUUGCUUCCUCGAUGCGAGCAUUGUUGCUCGUCUGCUAAGGGAUAACUUUAAUGGCUUAUUCUGGUCCAAGGUUUUGGCCUUCUUUAGAUGCUUCAUCCAGCAGCGCGUAUCAAGAUUUGGUCAGCAUCCAUUUGAUCUUUUGGGCGAGAACAGAAUUGCACAUAUAGGUAGAAUGGCUGCCCCUUCCGAAGACGUGGUGAUUUAUCAUCAGCAUCAACGCUCUUCAGAAGAGGAAGUUCCAAAGAUAAGAAUGGAUGAUGUGAUAUAUGGAAGCGUUAAGCCCCAUGGCAAAUUUGAGGUCCUAGUAUGGAAGUCUCAGAUACCACCUUACUAUAGCCACGUCUAUACUUGUGAGAUCCCGGCGAUAAAAAACACAGGUGCCAAGCGGAAGCGUUCUAUGGGAAGAGGAAUGUAGCUUUCUUCUUUUUGUUUUUUUUUUGAAUUUUUGUGAUGUGAUUAUCAGGCUUAGGUAGGAGGAUACUUGAACAUGUGUUUGUUACCUGUUAGAGCAACUCUAACAGCCUCUGUAUAUCCUUUGGAUUAGCUAAAAAUGAAAAAAUCUCUGUAAAAUCCGGAUGCAACAGACUAUCUUUCCGGCUCGCUUCUCUUUCCAGCUCGGCAACCCGGCCCCCUCGGUCGGCAUCUUUGCCGAAGGAGUGAGCUCGCCAUACUGCUUCUUCCCGCCCCGGCGCCCCGCGCGUGUCUCCGUCCCGCCCUCCCGCGGCAGCCCAUCCAGCUCGCGGUUGUCACCCGCCGGUCAAGCAGGAGCAGCGCCGCCGGCUGGCCCGCCUUCAUCUCCGUCUUGCCCUCCCGCAGAGCGCUAUGAUGUCUAGCAGAGCCGGCCUUGCGUGAUGAACAAGAGCCUAAUCGAACCAUGGAAGGGCGGAUGGAUGGAUUUCAUAGGGAACCAUGAUAAGCACACGAAUCAAAAGCUACAUGAACAGAGAAGGUGAAGAAUCUCGGCUUGCUCGAGAACGAGAACCCAACUGCAAGAAGAGCGGAAUCCACCCAAGCGUGGAGGAGGAAGGUAGGCGUGGUGGAGGAGAAGCGCCAUGGAGAGGGAGAAGGGAGCUGUUUGCGUGGUGCUCUGCUGAACCUCGCCGAUGGGGAAGGGAUUGCGCAGAGGAGGUGGGUGGUGGGUUGGUCGCUAUACAGAAUACGGAGAGGAGAUUUGGAGAGUUUGUUGGAUUGUGCCGAAAUUUGAAGAA